UGCAUUUACUCACUUUUCAACAUGGCGGCUCUUGGCGUGUAGUGUUUUGUUUUGGUGCAAAAUCCCACGGAUUAAUGUAACAUUUGGAGGACCUGGUAGCCACCUGGUAAACAAAAAGCUAUCACGAUACCGUCAUUGUUGUUACGUCCUUUAAGCUAAUCUAUUCCUUCGACUAUCUGGGAGAUGUAUCGUCGCGGAGCGGCAAAGAAAGACAGCAAGCCGGUGAAGAAGGAUGUGAGUGACAGUGAUAAAUACGCCGAUCUGUUGGUUUUCGGCUAUGCCUGCAAACUCUUCCGAGACGACGAAAGGGCUCUUUACCAUGAUCACGGAAAGCAUCUUAUCCCAUGGAUGGGGGACAAGAGCAUCAUGAUUGAUAGAUAUGAUGGACGUGGUCACUUACAUGACCUUUCAGAGUAUGACAGUGGGUCAUGGAAUACAUCCUACCAGCUGUCAGAGGAAGAGGCCAGGAUUGAGGCGCUCUGCGAUGAGGAGAGGUACCUGGCACUGCACACUGACCUGCUGGAAGAGGAAGCUAGACAAGAGGAGGAGUAUAAACGUCUGAGUGAGGCUCUGGCUGAUGAAGGCUCUUACAACGCCGUGGCUUUUAAAUACAGCGCUGACUACUAUGACCCCUCUCAGCCCACUGAGGAGGAGGAUGCUGCUAACAAGGAAUCAGAGGAGGCAGAGCCUGAAGAGAGUGAAGAACCAUUCGUUGCUCCCGCAGGGCUUUCUAUCCCUCCUGAUGUGGAGUUGCCUGCAACCACCAAGACCCACAACAUCAUUGAGAAGACGGCCAACUUUGUCUGUCAGCAGGGGGCUCAGUUUGAGAUAGUGUUGAAAGCGAAGCAGUCUGGUAACUCCCAGUUUGACUUCCUUCGUUUUGACCAUUACCUGAACCCUUAUUACAAAUACAUCCUGCGGUCCAUGAAGGAAGGUCGAUACAAUGUUGCCUCUGACAGCAAGAAGGAGCAGUCGCAGGAAUCUGAUUCUGAUGAUUCAGAUGAUGAUGGAGAUGGGAGCUACCUCCAUCCCAGCCUUUUUGCCCCUAAAAGGAGCUCUCGCCUGGAGGAGCUAAUGAAGCCUCUUAAGGUGUUGGACCCAGAUCAUCCCCUGGCAGCACUAAUUCAAAAAGCCCAACAGGAAAGAAAUGGGACAGCAGCAGUGGCAACAAACCAAGAGGAAGCUCCAGCUAGUCUACCAACACAAUACAGCGCCGACCCAGCAGUGUACUAUGGAUAUUACAUGCUGCCAGAUGGAUCGUUCUGCUUAGCUCCGCCUCCCCCAGGUAUAGAUGCCACCUCAUACUAUAACAAUAUGACCUCAGCUGUCAUGGCACCACCUGCUUCUACCGAGGCCGUGGCUAAUUUGGGCUCUGCACCCACCCCUGCUGAAACUGUCACAGUAGCAACAGCAGCUACAGCCCCCACUCAGGACUCCAGCUCUGUUCCUCCAGCAAGUGUACCAGAAAUCAGCUCAAAAGCUGAACUUCCAGUUUCCACCCCAUCAGCAGCAGCCAUCAUUCCCCCACCACCCGACAUCCAGCCGGUCAUAGACAAGCUGGCUGAGUACGUUGCAAGAAAUGGUCUGAAGUUUGAGGCGAGCGUCCGUGCCAAGAAUGAUCCGCGGUUUGAAUUUCUGCAGUCCUGGCAUCAAUACAACACCUAUUACGAAUUUAAGAAGAAAUACUUCAUGCAAAAGGAAGGAAAAGGCUUGCCAGAGAGCGAAGAGGUAGAGGAUUCUAAGCUUCAGUCAGACAAGGCAGCCAAGGAGUCCAAGUUGACAAAAGCCUCUUUUGCGCCCAUCUCUUUUGCCAUCAAGGCAAAGGAAAAUGACAUGCUGCCACUGGAGAAGAACAGAGUUCGCUUGGACGAUGACUCGGAUGAGGACAAGUUGUUAGAAGAGGAGGGGCUGGAAGCUGUGAUGGGUGGAGCUGAGAUGAUUGAUAAGGAGCCUCCUCCAGUCAGCGUACCAGAAGAGAAGAAACCCACCCUCAGUUUGGAGGAGUUAGAAGCAAAGCAAGCUAAGCAGAAACUGGAGGAUCGUCUAGCGGCGGCAGCCAGGGAGAAGCUGGCCCAGGCAUCUAAGGAGUCUAAGGAGAAACAGCUACAGGCAGAGAGGAAGAGGAAGGCAGCACUCUUCCUACAGACUCUCCGCAGCCCAUUCGCUGGAGAACCUGAGGCAAAGAGAGCUGAGCUAGAUGCAUGUGCUCAACUCGAGCUGCAAGAAGCUUUUUCUGCUUUUGUGGAUCCUGCACCUCCUCAAGUAUCCCCUGCACCACCUGUUUAUGCUCAGGAUCAAAGAUUGUCUGUGGAGAACCAUAGAAGCCACCACAGCAGGGAGCCCCCAUCCGUCUCGUCAUCAUCUUCCUCGUAUAUUACCUCCUCCAAAGGUCCAGAACGCGACAGAGAUCGUGACAGAGAUCGUGACAGAGAUCGGAGAGACAAAGACAAAAAGAAGAAAAAACACAAGAGGAGGUCAAGAUCCAGGUCAGCAUCGAGAUCAAAGAGCAAACACUCCCUUCCCAGUGCCUACAGGAGAUCCCGCAGGUCCAGAUCCCGUUCACACUCCCCAGGGAGAAAAGACAGAAGAGGCAACUCAUCAGAAAGGAGACGCGAGGAGAAAGAGCGGGAACACCAUCAUCCCAGCAGCAGCUCCAACUUGCCCAGGGGGCUUUCAAGAUCCAGGUCUCCUCCUGAACAGCAGAGGAGCUCCUUGGCAUCCUCAGGACAGAUGCAAAUUGCGGCCUCCUCGUUCUCACCAUACUCUUCACCCGGCAGAGUUUUGUCUCCAUCAGCGAGCCCCGCCUCCAGCCUGGCUCACUCAAGGGGUGGUUCUCUGGAGAAAGACAAGGCAGUGUCCUCAUCCAUAGUAUCCUCUGUUCAGUCUAAAAUAACUCAGGAUCUGAUGGCCAAAGUGCGAGCCAUGCUUGCCACCUCCAAGACCUUCCAGCCUCCCAAUUCUUAAAAAGGACGUUGCUUUCUUCUGGAUGUGACAACUUUUGCCUGCAGGCGAGUGGUAUUCUCCGAUUUCCCGGAGAUUUAUCUGGCCCGCAGCUGUUUCAGAGCCCUCUGUUUAUCCAUGAUUUAUCAGUUCAUCAAGAAUUGAGCAUCGACAGUUUCAGUUUGAUUGUGUUACGUCUUGUGCCGAGUCGUAAGUGUGAAGUACGCUGAAGUGAAACCUGAGCACCUGGUUUCACGGCCGGUGUGAGAAAACCGCUCAUAACACAGGAGAUUAAGUCACAGCUAUGUUUUUGGUGCACGGAGAAUCAAAUGUGAAAUAAUGUUUGCCUCCUGUUUUGAGAUGCUUUUCUCCUACGAGUCACUCUUUGCAGCAUCAGCUGCAGGAAAUCUGGAAGCUCUCCUUCUAUGAAGGCUUAUGUUUUGAUAAUUUAAUUUUCCCAUCAUUUUUCCUCAUUUCCUUUUUCUCUUCAGCGCCUACUUUACUACCUGAGAAGUAAUUUGUUUUUACUCUGUCCAUCAGCUGCAAUGUGCAGCCUUUGAAUUUUGGUUCCUGGUUUGUACUGUAAUGAGUAAUGCAGAACAACUUUCUAAUCCAAAAUGAAAUAAAAGUUCUUUUAUGAUUUA